GCGGGAGCCCGCGGUUCGGAAGCGCGCGGGCUGGCGGUUAGUCCGGCGCUGGCAGCGGCGGGGCAUGAGGUGGAGAUGAGCGCCGCGGGGGAGAAAAGCGAGCCGUGGAUGGAAGCCGAAACACGGCAAGUCUUGGACUCCUUGGUGCGGGAGUUUCCAGCCCCGCUGGGCCCUGAGGAUUCGCUACCCGUGCGGCUGCAGAGCGCAUUGUUGAGCUGGGAGGAAGUGGAGGGAGAGAGCGUCGACAUGGGGCUGAAGCUGCUGCAGGACAGAAAUUUGCCUCCCAUCCUUGCUGCUGCUCUGAUGCGUACUGCCAUUACCCAUAUACGACAGCUGGAUAUCUCUGUUCUUACAAACAAAAAGGAACCUGAUGAGGAUGAAGAACAGCUUGUCUUGCUGGAUGGAGAACUAGUGGCUCGAACAGUAUUUAACAGAUUGCUGGAGGUAUGCUAUGAUUGGAUAAAAGAACCACAAUUGCUACAACUACCAAAGCGAUACCUAAAAGUUUCCAGUCAUGCGAUUCGUAACACACGGCGAAAGAUGGAGGACAGGCAUGUUACAUUGCCUGAGUUUAAUGCUCUGUUUGGUAUUGAGGAUGGGAAAGAGAGGGCAUACUUUGCUGUAUUUGAUGGUCACGGUGGAGUAGAUGCAGCUGUCUAUGCUGCAACACACCUUCAUGUUAUUCUUGCUCAUCGGGAAGAGUUUUCUGCACAGCCAGCUGAAGCAUUGAGGAGAGCCUUCAAGCAGACUGAUGAGAUGUUUCUUCAGAGAGCCAAGAGAAAGAAACUGCGAAGUGGUACCACUGGAGUGACAGCCUUAAUUGCUGGCAAUAAACUACAUGUGGCUUGGCUCGGUGAUUCACAGGUGAUGAUGGUGCGGCAGGGCCAAGUUGUGACCCUUAUGGACCCACACAAACCUGAAAAAGAGGAUGAAAAACAAAGGAUUGAAGAGCUUGGUGGAUGUGUGAUCUUUCUAGGAUGUUGGCGUGUAAACGGAACGCUUGCAGUCUCUCGAGCAAUUGGGGACAUUGACCAAAAGCCUUACAUUUCGGGGGAUGCAGACUGCAGCAUGUUUGAACUGGAUGGCAGGGAAGACUACAUCAUUCUAGCCUGUGAUGGUUUUUUUGAUGGAGUUGAACCUUCUAAGGUUGUGCACCUUGUACAAGAGCACUUACAAAAGAAUGCAGGUGAUGGCAGCUCUGUUGCAGAGACACUGGUCACAGCUGCCAAAGAAGGUGGAUCUAGUGACAACAUCACUGUGGUGCUGGUCUUUCUGCGAGAUCCACAGAUCAUUCUAAAAGACAGCCAAUCGCAGGCCGGCAAUGAGAAUGCUAGCCUGGACAGCAAAUGCUCUGAAGCCAAAGGAAGCUCUGAAGCAACUCCACCGCAAUCAAGUGAGGAUAAAGAUAACCAGACAAAGGAUGUGGCUUGCUAACUGUUGUCUACAUGGAACAAGUUAAUAGUGUUACAUUCAGGGAAUAUAUUUUACUUAGUGGCACCAAAGAAUUAGAGGGAUAACGGGAUUGGUGUUAAAAUGCCUUUACAUCUUGGCAGAGCUAUGCCUACAUCAUUUUUAACAAUCCAUUUGAAUCUGAAAUCUCCUGUAAUAUCUUUAAUAAAAUGUGUCAAAAGUCAGUAACUGAGGGUGCAAGACACUUCAGUAGGAAGUAUAGAAUAGCAUAUCGAAGUCUGUUACGAUGUUGUGCAUUUCCUUAAAUCCCAGUUUGAAGAUGCAGGUUCUAGAAUCAGAUGCCAUCUCAAUGGAUUUGUGCCAAAUUGUGUUGCACUGGUGAAUAUUUAACUGGAAUACUUAAUCCUGGUUAAUUGGAAUGGAUGAUAUCAUAUUCCAUGGCUAUAUUUCUUCUGAUUUCACAUGAGCUAUGCCCAGGAGUUGAAAUGUCACUUUUGACUUCCUCCAAAUUAACAACACUAUGCUGUUUGCACCAUACCUGUUUUGCAACCUCUUCUGGUUCAAGCUGUUUCAUGAGUUUCAUCUGCUUGAACAUUUUGAGAUGGAGGUAUUUUGUGCAGAAAUCAAUGAAUGCACAUAGCAUUACCGUAAAGUUUGCUUGACUAACAUAGGGGAUAUUGUGAGAUUAUUUUUGUAAUAAAGAAUUUAUUAAUGCCAGUAUGCAAUAUAAAACAUUUUAUUCUACUUUUACUGGCCUAAAUGAACAUCAGUGAUUACUAGAAAGAUCAAUUGAGUUUUAUUCUUGGGCUAAGUCCAGCUGGUCCCAAUUUUAUGAUGCUGACAAGAUUCCCUGAGGUAAAAUUGCAAGCUCACAAGAUUAUAAUUUUUUCUAGAUUAUUUGUUUCUCAAAUACGUGUUCUUAAGCACCUUUAUGUACUGAGAUUCUUCUAGCAAAAAAUACGUUUGACAAUCUAGUGCCUUAUUUCGGUCUGUGUGUGCAGUACAAGCCAUGUAAUAAUUUCUACUGUUCCAUGGAUACAUUGCUGGCUAAUUGUUCAGUGCCUUAUACAUGUCUCAACAUUUAUAGUAAUGAUAUUUGCUGUGCAGUAUUACUUUGCCAUUUGUCAGGAGAGGGGAAAAUCUUCAAAUAACCUUACUUAAGCAUUUCAUUUGAUACUUAAUUUUGAGUGUUCAGUCUAUUGCUUAUAUCAAAGAAUAUGAACAGAUGAAUGUAUUGUGGUUAUGAAUAAAGUUAGCGACUGGAAUUGAUAUGUGUAGAAAUAUUAGGAUUUUCUCCAUAGUUUACUAAUAACUGGAUUAAGUAAGUCUUGGAUGCUGUGCAUUUUGAAGAAUUUACUUGUGUAAAAUUCUACAACCACUGACUGAAUUUGUAUAAAAUAAUAAGUAAUUCUCAUUAACCUCAAAAGGACCUGUACCCUCAAGUUUGUUUAUUUAAUAAAAUAUUAAAAAUCAAUAUGCAAAGAACCCAAAUGCACUCCCAGAAAACUGAAUGAUAAAGUUUUAUUUUGAAACUGUAAAACUAAUAGCAUAGGCUGCAAUUCAAUCAGGAUUCCACAAGAACCCUUUUGACUAUAAGUCAUUAAUUAUUCUUUUAAAAAAAAUUGUAGGGAUGCUAGUACCCCCAACACUGUCCUAUGCACCACUUUCUUUUGGGAGCUACUGCUGCAUCCUCAACAAUUCUCUCUCUUGAUCCCUUGGCACUGAUGAGGGCAACCUCUAAUGAUUUAUUCUUCCUCUACCCUCAUCUCUAGUAUAGCACCCUAUAGUCUAGGUUAAGGUAAACUUGACUGGGCAUGAACCAGGGACACUGCAGGUCUUUGAUAUUCUGGCAUUCUAGCCACUUUUUUCUAAUAUAGAGAUAGGAGCAGGAGAAGGCCAUUCAGCUUCUCAGGCCUGCUGUGUCACUGCAGUGGUUCCUUUGUCAUUUCUCUUUGUUAAUUUCUGUUACCAUGACCUCUUUAUCAGUCCAAGUUUACCAAGGUAAUUUAUUUUCAAUCAGUAGCAUUGGUUAAAAUGAUUUUUGCAAAAAGCAGUCUAUUACAUUGCCCCUUAGAUGGAGAAAGGCCUCUUACACAGAGCUUGGCAAUAUAAAUUUGUAUUCUUAUCUUCCAUAUAACUAUAGAUCUUAGCCCUUUGUCUUUUAACCCUGAAAGUUCUUGCUUGAACUUGUUUUCUUGCUGGAGUGUUGAGAAAGAUUUUGAAAUCUUAUAUUUAACUUGGCCCUUUGUAGCUAAUUCCGACAUUGAGUGCUACUUUUCAACAGUCCAUAUCUGAUUUUUAGUCUGUGGUAUUCAUUGCCAAGGACGGCUGUGGAAGCUAAGUCAUUGGAUAUAUUUAAAGCAGAGGUUAAGAUGGCCUUGAUUAGUAAGGGUGUCAAAUGUUACAGGGAAAAGACAGGAGAAUGGAGUUGGGAGGGAAAAUGAAUCAGCCAUGAUGGAACUGCAAAGCAGAUGGUCCAACUCUGCUCCUAUGUCUUGUGCUCUUACAUUUUUUGCCUUGUUAUUAUAUAAAUUAAGGUUAUCAAUACAUCAAUCUGUUUUUCUCAUUAACUGCCUGCAAAUACUUUUAAAUUUUUCUUAUAUUAUUAUCUUUAAUUUUCUAUGUUGGGAGGAGGGGAGAAUGUAGAAAACCAGAAAGUAAUCUCUGUGCCCUUCUGAGCACCAUUUCUCCUCACUCUAACAUGAAUCCUGACUCAUACUGAUUUGAAUAUUGGCCCCGCAUUCUGAAAAGGAGAAUGAUAGAGGAGAGAGUUGCAAUGACUGGGUCCUUUUCUAGAUGGAGGUUUGUAACUAUUGAAUUAUCCCAAAGAUUGAUUUUUGGCCCUCAGUUGCUUGCUGACGGAGAAAAUGAAAACAAACUUGUUUCCAAAUUUGCAGACAAUACAAAAGUAGGUGGAAGGGAUUGCUGUGCUGAGGACAUUAUGAUUCUGCAGUGGGAUAUAGAUUGAAAGACUGGGCAAAAACCCAGUAACUGCACAUUAAUGUGAGGUCAUGCGCUUUGGUCAGAGCAAUCAAAAGGCACGUUGUGAAAAGAAGGGAGAAUUCAAGUGAAGGUCAUAGACAUCUAGGUGGUCUAGUACACGAAUCACAACGUUAGCUGGUGGGUCUUACGUAGUUUUGAAGCAAACAGCAGUUUAACCUUUAUUAGAGUUUAAGAAUUAGUGUAUUAAUCGCUGCAGAAGAACAAGGGGCAAUUCUAUUCAAACAUGGUCCGAAGGGGGCUUAACAGUAGAAAUUGAGCAACAAUCUGCUGGAGGAAUUCAGUGGGUCAAGCAGCAUCUGUGAGAGGAAAGGAUUUGUCAGUGUUUUGGGUUGAAAUCCUUCAAAUGGUUUCACAAUUGGGCAAGUCACAGAUAUGAAUAUAAGGCUGAGGUGCACGGAAACUGCUUCUCUUAAAGAGCAAUGAACCUUUGGAGUUUUGUCCCCCAGAUGGUGGUGGACACAGAAUCAUGGGAAGUGCUUAGGGUAGAACUGUUUGAAAGAUCAAGGAAUUGAUCAGAGAAUUGAAUGGCAGGGCUGGUUUGAAGUCUGGUGACUUAGUUUCUUGUGUAUUAAGAAAGAAUGGAUCUCACUGGUAUUGAUUUUGCAUGUUCUGAGACUUGUUGGUUUAUAUACAGGCCAUUAUAUUGGGCAAUUAACAGAAAACUGUACGGGUUGAAUAAAAAUGCUUAAAUGACCUGUAAAGUCUUUUCUCUCCAAUAUAUCUCUAGCACAUCCAGUUAUCUUUGCCAGAAGGCUCCCUGUGUAUCUGAGAAUAUCCUGUGGAAGUCAGUGCACAACCUAUGUAUAAUAGCCAGAGCAGGCCACCAUUACAUUUCAAGUACAGCAGGCCCUGGAUGCCUCUAUUCUCUUUUAACUAUGGACGGUUUUUGUGUGCUGUCCUCUUGAUCUAAUAAACAAAAGACUCCGUGAAGAAGUUGUUUCUGUACUUGUAUCAAGUGGCAUUGUAUCAAUUCAUUUAUCCAUCAGAUACAUUGUCAUAGAAAUUUUGUAUUAAAGAAAAAAAACAUCGUUGUUUAAUAUUAUACCUAAUGUCAGUCAGUCAAAUUACGGAUGACCCAUUCUCUGAGAGAAGGUCAUUAUUCUCAAUUCACUACUAACUUUUGCAAUCAGUAUUGGUGCAUCCUUAUUUUUGUGAGGAUCACUUAUUAAACCUAUAAUUUUUUUUUGCACUGUUAUUUGGAGCGACAGAGCUGGUGCCUAUAUAUUCUUGUUUCAUUUUACCAUUACUUGCACAUUUAUUUACAUUAUUGCGUAAAACUAUAAGCUGAGUAUAUUAUUUAUUCACACUGCUUGAUAUGCACGUAUGUAUUUAAGUGAUGCCUGAUGUGGUUUUGUGCAGUUAUUGCUAGAGCCCUGGAUUUCGUUUUGUGUAUAAUCAUGAGAAUUGCUUUCUUCACUCUCCAGCCAAAUAUUUUGUGGUACUCAAUGUGUUAAAUUAUCACUACUCUGGAACUGAAGGAAGUUUAAUUGAGGUAGUCUGGGAGUUGCUGUAUUACACCCUGAGGUUAACACACUUCUAAGUGCUAGGGUGAAUAAUUCUUUGGCAGGGAUGCUCAUUAAACUCAAUGCUUUAUCCAGAAUGGUUUGGAGAUAAUCAGAACAUUUAUGCUCACAGUAUCUGACUCAAGUAUUCUUUGAGGUUCUGUACAAACUUAUAUAGUCCCACAACUGUGUAUUUUACAUUUUAUGCCACAUGACCUCUGUAUCUCAAAAAAUGUUUACAAGUGAACAGGUGAAGCCUCAUGAAAAAAUUGUCUCACAACUUCUAGCUCACUACACAUAAUUUUCCAAUUCUAAGUUUUAAAAUAUAACAUUUAUUUCAUACUUUGUGUGGUUAAUUCUGAACCUAUGAAAGGUGAUGUGAAGUUGGCUGACAUCCCUGACUCAGUAUUUUUGGGCCACCUCACUCCUGCAGUAUUGGAUAAGACUCCACUUUCCCUUAAAUUGAAUGCUAUAUUCCAAAUUUCAAGCUUGCCAGCACAGCCUCUGAGUUUGACAUGCACAGGAUAGCAACAAGCCCUUGCUUGAAGAACACUUUCAGGUAAUAAUGAAUAAGGGUGAAAUUACAAGAAAGAACACACCCUGAUAUCACUAGUCGAAAGUAUUUAGGACAGUGAAGUGUAACUAUAUAAGUCUUGAGACAGGAUGGACAAUUAUCCAUCUGUCCUAUCACAUUCAAUGUCUCUGUAGGGAGCUAUACAUUUUAAAUUCUAAUAAUGAAUAUGGGUCUAAUGUCCAACUAAAUGCUUCUAUUGCCAUAACCACUAUAUAAAUUAGUAAUUGCUGAUGGCAGGCUCAAGGACAAAAGCUCCCAAAGUAGGCUUGCAAAAAAAAAAUCAUGCCAAGAUGCACUUUUACCUUGUGUAAAACAAAAUAAAAACGGCAACAUUUUUCACAAUAGGCAGCCAUUAGCACUCCCAUACCCAGCUUGAGUAAGACAGCCCUGUAGUGUCCUAUUAUCAUCCUCCUCAAGAUCAAACUCUCCUGCCAGUUUUUGUUUCAUGAAUACGCCAGUGAUAGUUUAUCUGAUAAUGGAAUUUAAAGCUAGGCUGUAAAAUAGCACAGACAUAGCUGCCAGUGGUAAAGGUUUUGCUCUGUUGCAUCCUGUUAGUAUAAGGUAAUUAUUAUUGACUGUAAACUGGAUUGAGUGCAUCACAUUAGGUGGCAGAAAAUAAUGGAGGGGAAAAAAAGCUCAAAUUGCCAGGUUAUUUCAUGGUAUUAUAGGCAGAUUUAUCAUAGACAGGUUUUUUCUCCUGCCAAAUCUUGUCUUGUGGUUAAUGUUAAUUUGUAAGAAAAAUCAGGUGUGUAUUAAACCUCAGUGCAACCUCCUGGAUGAUGUUAAUUUAUGGCAUCUGCAUCCUGUCUUCAGUAAGCUAAUUUCAGUAGCCUGAUGUGGGCCUCUAGCAAGGACUCCAGUAGGUUGUUUAUCUUAUCAAAGCUGCACAAAACCAACAGGAAGUGACAUUUUGUGUUGACGACUAAAACAUCAAUCUUUGACAAGGCUAAAACAGUAUAUAACUUACUAAGCUAUCAGUUUGAAACCAAAAUGUUUCUUUGCCUUAUUGUGGUUGGGGUUUCUCCUGAACUGCUUUUUAUGUAUGCAGUAUUAAUCUCAUAAUAAAGCAAUUUAUGCAA